AUGUUCUACUACGGACCUGAUGGAUACAUGGGGAAACAUCGGAAAUUGAUGCCGACAGCGUUAGAACGAUGUGUUUGGGGAAAUGGAGACGGCUCGACUAUGCCGGUAUUCGACACGCCGUUAGGAAAGAUUGGUGGGGCGAUUUGCUGGGAAAACUACAUGCCAAUGUACCGUGUUACGCUCUAUGAUAAAGGUAUUGAGUUGUAUCUAGCUUGUACUGUGGAUGAUCGUGAAACAUGGUUGUCUACUAUGAGAACAAUAGCUCUCGAAGGCAGGCAAGUCAUAGUGUGUAUUCUCAUAUUUAAUCAUUGUUUACCCUAUGUUUACGAAGCGACUGAACUGCACUUUGCCAAGAACAGUUUUUCUUCCUUUUUUCAUUGUUCCUAUAAAUUUUAA